AUGGCCUCACCAACCCAACCCACCGGCGCAUCCACCCAACCUCUCACCCCUCCCGCCGAACCCUCCUCCGCCAACACAUCCCAACAGCAGCAACAGCAGCAACCACCCACGGCCAGCGGACCAACGACCAACAACCCUCCCACCUCAAGCGCCCACCCCGCGCACCCCUCCCAACCGACCCAAAUCCCCUCCACCUCGCUCAAAGACUCCGGCAAAUCGCGCCGUCCCCGCGAUGUCCGACUCAUCCACAUGCUCCUCGCCUCUCUCGGCGUGACAUCCUACCAAGAGCGCGUCCCCCUCCAACUCCUCGAUUUCGCAUACCGCUACACCUCCAGCGUCCUGCAGGACGCGGUGCACCUCGCCACAGAAGGCUACGCGGGGUCCAUGGACGGGGGAACCUCUCGGGGCGGGGAAAUCAAUAGCGUGUCGCUGCCGGCGCUGCGGCUGAGCAUCGCGUCGAGAUUACAUUAUCAGUUCCAGACGGGCCUGCCGAAGGAGUUUCUGUUGGAUGUCGCGGCGGAGAGGAAUCGUGUUGCGUUGCCUGGUGCGACAAGGGGGUUUGAUGCUGGUCAGCAGGUGAAUAAACCGGCCGCGAAUCAGAGUGUCCUCAUGGGCGGGAUGAGGUUGCCGCCGGAGAGGUUCUGUUUGACCGGGACCGGGUGGAAUAUGAAGGAUGAGUGGGAGAGUGAGGGCGAGGAGGAGGUUGAGGUCGGUGGCGGUGCUGGUGGUGAUGGAGGAGGGGCUGGGGAGGCGCAGAAGGGGAAGCAGGAGGAGGGCGAGGGCGAGGGCGAGGGGGAUGAGGAUGACGGAGAGGAUGGGAAGAUGGAGGAUGUGUUUGGGGAGGAUACGGCGAUGGGGGAGGGCGAUGAUGGAGAGGAUAAGACCAUGACGGAUGUUUGA